AGACAGUAGGGACAAUAAAGUAAGAGACCUACAUAUAAAAAAUCUAAGUAAAAAUACUUUAUGUACAAAAAAGUAUGAAAGUACUAUUUAAGGACAUAAAUAUAUACAUUUGCCUAGACCAGAGUGCAAAUCUUGAUCAGAGAAGAAGCUAGGCUACGACUGUCAGGCUUGAGGAGAUAGAAAGUGCAUGAUAAACUGGUUUAGAAAAGUACACUAAUGGAUUUAGGACUUUCUGUUGUUCUAUCCUGUCGAUUUGAAGAGCAGUCAAACACCUCCUUCACCGUGCCGUUACAGUUAGCAGUGUGUAAAUUCUGCUAACAAUUAUAAAACCAUGUAGUCGGUGUUUUACAGCUUAGGAUGUCAAUACAUUGCUGUUAAAGUUUGGUUAACUUUCAGUGGUUUCUGGGGCAUCAGUCAUCAGCCCAUCAUGUGCUUCUUGGUGUCUGGCGCCAUUGCGUGGCGUAAUGGAAAAUUACAGCCAACAGUAAAUUAGUCCAUCGUCUCAUUUGUUGUGGAAAAAUUCUGUCUUACUAGAACAAAGGUAUCGAAUAAGACAAAGGUAACUCGUAUAGAAAGUGUAACAGAACAAAACGUGUCGUCUUUAUAAUCGAGAAGAAGCUCGAGACCAACAGAAACACGAGCGUCUUAAUAAAGUGUUUGAAGUUUUUCAGUUUCUUAAAGUGGACUGAGAAAGUAAAUUUUGUAUCUUAAUAAACUCGACUUAGCAUGAAGGUGUGUUUUUUCUGUAAAGAACAUGACAUGGAGUCCUUCCUAUAGCUCACUGUCCUUUCUUUCCUCCAUUUCUUAAGCCUCUUCACCUCUAACCUUUAAAUAACUCAAGUCAGGCGAUAUUCCGUGUGAUUGAUGCAAAUUACUGGUCUUCCAACGAAGUUAAACCCAGGCAUUAAACCAGAAGUAGCUACUUUGAGUUCAUCCAUCCCAUUUCCUGGACCAAGUUCCUGAGGGAGGGACACUACAAACAGCCAUGGGAAAAUUCUCCCCUCUUUUUCCGACUACAUCGAGUCUUUUUAAAGAAGACAAGCACAAACCGAGUGGAGCGUCAGAGUUUAGAGCUCGUGUGAGGAGCGGAGGGUGACACUCAAUGUACACGGAGUGCUGAGUAAACCUGUAAGGAGACGAAGAAGGCUUCACGAGAGAGAAAGGAGCAGAGGAUGUCCAGAGCUGACUGGUCCUUUCUGGAGCACCUGCUGGAGGAGGGCCAGGAGUAUUCAACAGGCAUCGGCCGCGUCUGGCUUACCGUACUCUUUCUGUUUCGCAUGCUGGUCCUCGGAACUGCUGCUGAGUCUGCCUGGGACGACGAACAAGCUGACUUCGUCUGCAACACCAAACAACCUGGCUGCACUGCUGUGUGCUACGACAAGGCCUUCCCCAUCUCUCACUUUCGCUAUUUUGUCCUCCAAGUCAUCUUUGUCUCCACGCCGACGAUAUUCUACUUUGGAUAUGUGGCUAUAAGGGCGAGAAAGGACAAGAGAAAUGAGGAGGGGGAGGAUGAGAAGCAGGUAGGAGAAGGCAACAGGGGAGUUAUUGUGAUAGAAAGGGAGAGUAAGAAUGCCACGAAAGACAAUUCAGAAAAGAAGGAGAAAAAAGAGGAGAGCGGGAGAGGAGGAAAAGCUGACAAGGCCCCUCUCGAGGCUCCUAAACUGAAGGGCAGAUUGCUGUGUGCAUAUGCAUUCAGCAUCCUGUUAAAAGUCCUCCUAGAAGUUGGUUUCAUCAUCGGACUGUGGAUUCUUUAUGAUGGCUUCUUCAUCGCAGCAAAGUAUGAGUGCACAGGGUUUCCUUGCCCUCACACAGUGGACUGUUUUGUCUCCCGACCUACAGAGAAGACCAUCUUCACUAUCUACACUCAGGUAAUCGCUACCGUCUCCCUGCUACUCAACCUCGUCGAGCUCCUCCACCUCCUCCAGCUCGCCAUCUCCCAUCGUCUGGAGAAACGAUACCGUGCCGAGCAGCAGGACUACCUUCCUUGGUCAGAGCGGGUAACAGCACGAGAGGAGAGAUUACAAAUCCACUCAGAGGCACCACAGUCUUACAAAGCCAGCAGCCAUGUCGACUUCCCUAAUCAGGGUGAGGUAUGUUUUACCCCAAUCCUUGUGAAAGCUAUGGGGAUCAGGGGAUAGAGGUGAACUGGGGAGCUGGAGCUACAGGGAACGACCUGCUACCCAGUUACAUGAACUGCAUGGGAGCUAUGAGGACGACACAUUCUCCAAGAGUCCAUUAUAAAAAACAUGCACAUCAAACUAUGUUAAAAGACACUAAGGGUACCCAUAAGGGACACACAAAGCAGAAGCAUUAUGUAUGACAGAGUCAAAUAGGGUGAUACGCUCAUUGCUAUGAAUGCUCUGUGAUUCUUUGAGGAUUUUAUAAAAUCUAUCCCGCACAUGAAACUUGAAUAUCAGGAGUGCACGUUGGGAGACCAUUUAAAAGAAAAAAAGAAGAAAAACAACUGUUGCACUGUGAACUUGAUGCCUCAGAGGCAGGCUGAAAUUCAAGGAGAUUUAGCAGAUAAAAGAAGCUUUUGAAAAAAUUACCCAUUUUUUAGAACACUCCUUAAGGCAACAAAAACGAGGCGCCUCAAAGAGGGAGGGUUGCAGUCAUAAGAUGUCUCUAUGUUACAUUUCUGCCUUUUGUGUUGAGUGUAAGAGUGGAAAAUACAGUGACAUUUAAAGAGUACAGGAACUGUAAGCAUAUUCCUCUGAGGUUUGCACUGUAACCCCUGGUGUUCUUUGAAGCCCACCCCCCUCUUCUCUUUCUCCCCAUGCUGUGGUCAUUUGUGUUCUCACAGUGGAAUGUCCUGGUCUCUGGAUCCCGUUCUGCUCCCAUGAGGAUAAUGGCUGCGUGGCUGCUUGCAUGCAUGCAUGCACACUCACAAAGUACUUUUGCCCCUUUCGCACUGACUGUUUUGGUCACUUGAGUUGGGUCAUGGACAGAGAUGGAGAAGGAAAGCCAAACCAUGGGAAUUCUGGGAUUGCAGAUGACUUAUUUUUACUUAUGACCAUAGUAUUUAAGCUAUGAAGAAAGAGGGAGAGAGAGGGCCACAGCUGAAUAAUGGAGCUAGGAUCAGCGCCAGUUAGCACACUGAUGGACUGAAAGCGGUACAGAAAUGUGCAGACUUAAAGAAAGGAAAUGAGCAUGUGAAAACUAUAUUUAUGUUUAAAGUAUUGUGAAGAAAUAUCAUUUUUUGUAUUAUUAUUUUGCUGAAAAUAAAGCUUAAACUACCAAAAAUAA